AUGCAGAACACAGGUUGGAGACACAUUCAUCAACGCUCCGAGGUACUUGACAUUCGCAUCAACCUUCAGCUUCCCACAAUCGAGAUGCCAACCGUACGAGAGGAUAACUUCAAGAAAGAAGCACAACAGUUAGAUUUAAGAAACGUGGACUUCAGUGAUAUAAAAGAACUAAUAAAUAGUGCUAAAUUCAGUGAUAACUGA